AGAGAUAGAGAGAGAGAGGGAGCGAGAGGGAGGGAGAUAGAGAGAGACGAGCGCGAAGUGCUGCACAGGUCUGUCACGGAGCCACCGUGAAAAUACUUCAAGAACAUCUGCAAAAUGCCGAAUAAAACUAAAAAAGAAAAGGAAUCACCAAAAUCUGCAAAAAGCAGCACCAAAAACAGUAACGUCGGCGGUGGGAAGGAUACUGGAACUGAGAAUUCAGACGAGGCACAGCAGCAACAGACAGCCAGCAAACGUCCUAGCAACAGCACUCCACCUCCAACUCAGCUCAACAAAAUCAAGUACUCUGGCGGCCCACAGAUUGUGAAGAAGGAGCGUCGGCAGAGUUCCUCACGCUUUAACCUCAGCAAGAACCGUGAGCUACAGAAGCUUCCUGCCCUCAAAGAUGCCCCACCCAUCGACAGGGAGGAGUUGUUUGUUCAAAAGCUGCGCCAGUGCUGUGUACUCUUCGACUUCGUGACGGAUCCCCUUAGUGAUCUCAAAUACAAGGAGGUGAAGCGUGCUGGCCUCAAUGAGAUGGUGGAGUACAUCACACACAAUCGUGAUGUAGUUACGGAGUCCAUCUACCCCGAAGCUGUCAUUAUGUUUUCAGUGAAUCUGUUCAGGACUCUGCCUCCUUCUUCCAAUCCUACGGGGGCAGAGUUUGACCCUGAGGAAGAUGAGCCUACACUGGAGGCAGCUUGGCCCCACCUGCAGCUGGUGUAUGAAUUCUUCUUACGGUUCUUGGAGUCACCUGACUUCCAGCCUAAUAUUGCCAAAAAAUACAUCGACCAAAAAUUUGUUUUGUCUCUCCUGGAGCUGUUUGACAGUGAAGACCCCAGAGAGCGGGACUUCUUGAAAACCAUCCUGCACAGGAUCUAUGGCAAGUUCCUGGGGCUUAGAGCUUACAUCCGUCGACAGAUCAACAACAUAUUCUAUAGGUUUAUAUAUGAAACGGAGCAUCAUAAUGGCAUUGCAGAGCUCUUAGAAAUCUUAGGAAGUAUAAUUAAUGGCUUUGCCCUGCCACUGAAAGAGGAGCACAAAAUGUUCUUGAUCCGGGUGCUGCUGCCUUUACACAAAGUCAAGUCUCUCAGUGUCUAUCACCCUCAGCUGGCAUACUGUGUUGUGCAGUUUUUGGAAAAAGACAGCAGCCUCACUGAACCAGUUAUAAUGGGUCUCUUGAAGUUCUGGCCAAAGACCCACAGUCCUAAAGAGGUCAUGUUCCUGAAUGAGUUGGAGGAGAUCCUGGAUGUCAUUGAGCCUUCAGAAUUUGUCAAAGUUAUGGAGCCUCUGUUUAGACAACUGGCCAAGUGUGUAUCAAGUCCACACUUUCAGGUUGCUGAGAGGGCACUGUAUUACUGGAACAACGAGUAUAUCAUGAGCCUAAUUAGUGACAAUGCUGCCAAGAUCCUGCCCAUCAUGUUUCCUGCUCUUUAUAAGAAUUCCAAGAGUCAUUGGAACAAGACGAUCCAUGGGCUUAUUUACAAUGCUCUGAAGCUCUUUAUGGAGAUGAACCAGAAGCUGUUUGACGAUUGCACUCAGCAGUACAAAGCUGAGAAGCAAAAAGAGAAGUACAAACUGAAGGAGCGGGAAGAGAUCUGGCACAAAAUUGAAGAGCUUGCGAAGCAGAAUCCUCAGAGUACAAAGGUCCAUCCUAGUAUCCGGCCAGGUCUGCCUCAAGAUGAGUAUAUGAUGUAUAAUGAGAGCCCAGGGAUGCCCCAAUACUCUAUGGAGACAGAGACCCCCACUGCUGAAGACAUCCAACUGCUGAAGAAGACUGUGGAAACUGAGGCCUCACAGGGAAUGAAGGAGAUAAAGAAGGACAAGGUGCUGAUGCGACGGAAGUCGGAGCUGCCGCAGGAUGUGUACACUAUAAAGGCCCUGGAGGCCCACAAGCGGGCGGAGGAGUACCUGACGUCUAAUCAGGAAGCUCUCUGACCGGGGAACACCGCCACCCUUCACCUGCACCACGCCUAAUCUGUCCCUCUCGUCUUUGUCCAGAAAUGUCGCCUGCUGUAAACUCCUCUCUGUUCCUCUCUUUGCCUCUGCCUCUUUCCUUCCUCACCUCCUCUGGAGAGCCCUUUCUGCAGAAUCCUGGCCAGCACAGAGAACGGUGGAGAGCUUCCAUGCCCUCCAUUACUCACAUACACAAACGCAAUCACAGAAAAGCACUCAUUUCUAGUAUUCAUCAAAAGCCACGCAUAGUGAUCACGCAAAAGGAUACAUGAGUUGUUCUAAUAAUUUUGAAUGUUUCCACUCAGAGCGUGUUUGUUUCCUUUUCUUUUUGUUUCACUCAAUUUCCUUGUCCAGAUUUAAUCGUUAGACCUCACUUUUCUGUUCCUCUUUUCAAACUGUGUUGCUUUUUUCAGGAUGGCCUUUUCCUGCCUUGCCUCUGUUGAUCAAUGUUCACUCAGUCAUGUCUGGUUUGAAGGGUCCAAACUUGACAAAAUGGACUGCAUUAUCCAAAAGAUAACAAGGAACUCAGUGGCAACAAUGACCAUGCAUUUGUGUUUUUGCAUGAGCCAGGUUUAGGGACUCCUGUGUGUGUCUGUGUGUGUUUUAUGGAUCAUGUUGCCUUGCUCUUGUGGGACUAUGUGGAGCAUAUGAAUGUAAGCAAUUUUUCAAAAUGUGCCACGAGCAUUACACUGAAGUUUUUGUGAUAUCUAGAGAAGUAAUUGGAGCCUUUGUUUUCCUACAGAAACAAGGAGCCAGGCUCUGCAUAAUACUUGGUGUCAUAUUAGAUAAGUUUACAACUCAAACACGGUUGCAUCAAAAGUUCCUCAAGACAAAGCAUCAUGCUUCCCUCUUGCACAUCAGAAGUCCUGCCGGCAGAUGAAGGACGGACGUAAACCUACAGUUAGGCAGGUGUGAGCUAGUCCAGAUCCAUACGCUUUAGUGGCAAUAUAAGAGUCUGAUUCUACAAGCCUUGCUGUCUGAGAGCUUCAGAGUCCCCUUAAUGGGAGGCUGCUAUGAUUUUAUUUAAACCCAUAGUCACAUUCAGACAUAAAUCUCAUCGCAGGAUGGGAGGUUUAAUCCGUUUCCUGCCUUAGUGGUGAUCUGUUUACAAACUGAGAUCACAGUACUGCAAGUUGUUUUAUCAAAAUGAUAAACCUCUUAAACCAACACCAGCAGAUCAUUCCAUGUGUCAUGAUCAUUCUGCUAAAGAAUAAUGUUGUUUGUCCUGUCCCUAACAAAACAUGCCCUACAGCUACCAGCUCUUCUUCAUGGUUCUGUGGCGUAUGGCUGCAUAUUUGUAAUCCGAUAAUACAUUUCUAACUGCUUCCCAAGAAAUCGUAAGACCCCCCCCUCCUUUAAAUAACUUUUCUGAUCUGUCUUACUUUGUUCCCGUGUUUUUUGUCUUGUUAAAAAGAAAUUCCCAUAUUUCAAUUCUUUCAUGUGGAAUGGGAGGGGUUAGUGUAGGGAAUCUCUUCACUCACCUCUGCCCUCUCAUCUACAAAACCUUGCUUGCCAUUACUUUAAUAGAUUAUGCAUUUUUUAAGCGCCUAAGCAAUAUUUUUAGAAAGAAGUUAAAGAGAAAAAAAUAAAAAAUAAAACAUGCACUUGAGAGGUGUAUGGUCAAGCGCUAUACAAUCCUUAUACUAGAACUAUAAAGAAGAAAAAGAGAUGCUUGCUUAACUUCCCAGGCUGAUUAUAUGGGGAAACGAAGACAGCCUGCAGUUACUGUCGCAAAUAUUUGUGUAUUGUAUAUUGUAUUGUAUAUUGCUUAGGGUUGCACCCUUGCUUGUCACAUUCUUUAUGAUUUUUCCUCUACCUCUCACAGAAAUCUUUUGUUUUUUGUUGCUUCUGUUGCCCCCCUCCCCAUUGUAGAGUGAAUCAUCACUCACUCAGAUCAUUCCAAAAGAAUAUUCACUCCUUAGGUAAGCAGCCAGACAGUGCAACACUUGCCUUGUCCACACUUAGCUACGCGGUCAGCUUAACACAAGUGGUGCAGCCUUUUGUCAGUGUUCACACACUUAACACUGACUUGUUUGGAAAAGCUGUGCACAGUUCCAACACAGGUGAAGCCAGAAUAACUUGAGUUGUCACCUCAACAGUGGUGUUUUACUGGUCUUGUUGGAAGCUUUUUUUCAACAUUGACUUAAAACAGCAUCGCUCCUGGGUCCAAACUGAUGAUCUAGCUUGCUUUGUGGAUUGGGCACAUGUUUGUUGUCUGGCAGCUACACAAACACUGUAGAGGGAAAUUAUGAAAGUAUGGGUCUCUCCACAUCACCCUCCCUCUCCCCCUUUCCCAGCCCCCUUUCCCAAGUCUGACACUAAUCUUACGCUGCUUUCCAGGUCAUAUAUGUACAUAUGUUGUACUUUAAUUAGGUAGAGCAUUACAUAGUAUGAAAGUCAUAUUUUGUACAGAUGUUCAUGUAUGUACAGAACAAAAAUAAAGUAAAA